GUUAUUCAUCAACACACGACACUUUAAAUGUAUUAUUCAAAUUUACAUUAGCUCUAAGGAGUUUGUUUUAAGACGUGGUACCAGUACCACAUUACGUGAAAAAUAUAUACUUCAUUAUUUGUCAUCAUUGGUUUAAGACAGGUACACUUUAAGGUUGUUGAAAUGAAAGAAACAACCUGUCGAUAAAAAAAACUGGGAACCCAAGCCAAGAAGAGAGGGAGAGAGAGAGGAGGGUUUUGUAAUUUGCUGAUUAUGUAAUGAGUAACCACAGAAGGGGUGCCUAUUUUCCACAAGACAUUUUCUUCGGCGAGUGAACUUGCUUUAGUGUAAAAGUAUGUGAUUGUGGAAAUGACAUCACACAAGUGAUAUAAGAAAUUCUGUGCAUUCUUAAAAGUUUGCCACCAUGUGGUUUAUUCUGUCGGUCUGUGUUCUUCUCUGCCUCUCGGAGUGCUAUUCCUAUGAUUACAAGGAAGGCUUUCUCCAGGACAUAGACCCGGACUGGGCAUCAAUUAGUGGACGGAUUAAUCAGCCCAAAUGCAUCGACAUUCCGUCGAACUUGACUCUUUGUCAGAACAUCGGGUAUACCCAGAUGAGGCUACCCAACCUUUUAGACCAUGAUACAAUUGAAGAAGUAAGACAGCAAUCCAAGUCUUGGACAUCUCUCCUUGGGGUGCACUGCCAUCCGGAUACCAAGUUGUUCCUGUGUUCCCUCUUUACUCCAGUUUGUCUGGAUAGGAAGAUCUACCCGUGUCGAAGUCUGUGUAAUGCUGUCAAGGCGGGCUGCGAGCAGACGAUGCUCUUCUACAACUAUAGUUGGCCUGAUAUGGUCCGAUGUGACAAGUUUCCCGAAGACGCAGAUCUCUGUAUAAAGCCAUUACAUAAUGUAUCAACAGUCCACAAUCUCUGCAGUGCUUGCCGACACCCAGAGACGGUUGAGGGACUAGUGGAUGGAUUCUGUCGCUCUACAUAUGUGGUUCGAGCAAAAAUUAAACAAAUCAAUCAUGACAAUGAGAAGAAAAUAUUGGUUUUACAAAAGAAGAAGAAAUUCUUCAAAAAAGACGGGCUUCGAAAGAAGGACAAGAGAUCACUCAGUCCUUUCAUUCAAGGCGGCCUACAUUGUGACUGUGACCGCAUCAACGUCACGCUGAACGAGAAUUACAUCAUAAUGGGAAAUAAGACAGGACCCGGAGAAUUCACCGCCAUGUACAUAGCAAAAUGGCGAAAGGAUAGAGAGUUCCGUAAAGCCAUAAAACUCAUGCGUAAGAAGGAUAUAUGUUUGAAACCCUUGGACAUCGGAAUUGGGACUUCGUCGGGUGGUAAAGGAGGCAAAGACAAGAUAAAAAAUGAUAAAGGGAAGGGCAAAGGGAAAGGAAAAGGGAAAGGAAGAAAGAAAAAAGGGAAAAAGAAGAAGGGAAAAGGCAAAAACAAAAAAGGCAAAAAGGGAAAAGGAAAGAAAAAUAAGAAAAACCGCAAGGGUAAAAAAGGUAAGAAGGGGAAAAAACAAAGGAAAAGUAAAAACACAGCUCUAACUACAUUAGCGCCAUCUCCCUAGACAGGAGCAAGGGGAGAUAAAUCCAAUGUUCGACCUAGAAACGUCUGUGAUAUGUUUAAAAUUGGACAGAGUGACGAAGAUGUGCAAUGUGAAUCAUGGUACUUUAGGGGAUGUGUGUGGUUUAUAUGUGAACUGAAUGGUCCAGAAGUGCAAAGCAAUGUGAUAGAGAUGUACAGAAUUACUUUCGGUCCUGUAUUAUAAUCAUUAUCAUAUGUUAUAAUGAUAUAUAUUUUAAUGCAGUCUUUGCAAAAAUAUGCUUUUUUUUUAUUUUAACAUUUUAAAAUUAAUUCAUUUAACAUACUGGCUCUGGUGAAAACUUUUACACUUUAAGUGUGAGCUGUUUGAACGUCUCCCAAAAACUGAAUUGCUGUGGGGAGAUUAACCUAAGCCAUAUAGAUUUUUCUCAUCUGUUCGCCCAUGUAUUUGAUAUUUGUAUUUAUAUUGAUAAAGAGGGCCAUUCUUUAUCCUAUCGAUUAGCGAUUUUAGAUCAAGGUUAAUUCUUAGCCCCUCUUUGCUUGCUCUUCAUUGCAAAUGACAACCGGGAGUUCACUGUUGAAUUUGAUUGAAAUGAAUAGGUCAAAAUUCAAGGUUUCUAAACCAUGUUUUGUCAUGUUAAAGGUAUAUGCUUAUCUACAGAGAGUGAUCCAUAAUUUGGAACAAUUUUGUAUUUUAGGGUCUAUGAAGAAUUAUUUUCUGUGUAUAAAUUUUGAAAUGUUGCAAACAAUUAACUUUUGGCUCUAUUUUAACAUAACGGGGUGUAAAUUUUAUCUCAAAUAAUAAUUGAACUAAAAAUAAAAAAUAAAUAAAAAGAUUAACAAGCGAUUUUUUGUCUAUAAAUUGUAUCACUUAUCUCUAAUAUAUUGCAAUAUAAGUUUCACUUGAACUUUUGUAAGUAAAGAGUAUGUAAGAUAAUUUUCAAUUAAAAUUACAAAUUGGGAUUUGAUGUACAGUAAAUCCAUUUGUGAAUGUCAUAAUUAUGAAGAUAAAUGUAAAUUACUUUGAGAUUCAUUUGUGUUACAAUUUAUUAAAAUAAUUAAAAAGAAUACAACCAUCA